UGUUGGAUUUUGCUGUUCCGUCUCGGCACAAUUUUCAUUUCGAUAUUUUCCGGUAAAAUUCCGCGUUUUUCGCGGUAAAAAUAUGCUUAUUUGCUAGUUGAUUACGGAAAUUCAUUGCGUGAAUUGAAAUUUGUGGUGAAAACGACAGUUAAACUAUGAAAUUCAUAGUAGUUAUAUAGCAGUCGUGCGGGCGUGUGUGUGUGAUAUAGUGAAUACGUAAAAGCCAGCUCGCACGGUACUGGCACACAUACAUAUAUGUACAUAUAUUAUAUGUACAUACAUGUGUAUAUAAAUACAAAUAAGUAAAUAAGUAAAAGAAAAUCUACAAGUGUUAAACAAGCCUCAAAGGGCGAUCAGAGAUACAAAUAUAUAAUAUGCAUAUAUAUAUAUAAUAUGUAAUAUGUAUGUAUUUAUAUAGAAAAUAUUUUGUGAAAUACCGCAUAAAGCUAUAAAUGAACACUUACAUACAUAUGCAUAUGUAUGCUGUAAAGCGUAGUGAAAAACGUUUACUGAGUGCGCGGUGGGUGUGUUAGCGGCAAGUCAGCUGGAACGUAACCGGGCCACUUUUCGACAUAGCCAUAAUGUGGCGACGACAACCACAUAUUCACGGAAUUAUUUUUCUCUAACUAGAUUUGUUAUUUUGUUUAUGUGCCACACGUUCGUCAUUUGCCGCGUUGUUUUUUCGCCAUUCUUUCGUUGAGCGUUUAUUUUUAAAGUCAAAACAAAUACAACAUUGAUCAAUUGCAUUGUUUGGUUUUGUUAUCGUAGCUUCUAUGCGUCAAAUGCGAAAAUGAAAUAGCAAAAGUGGUUCGUGAGAUCUGUCCGGUGAAUAACAUACGUUAAAGUUUUCAAGUUAAAUAACUGUUAUGUAAAUGCAUAAUAUUAAGUAAAAAGUAUCUAAAGUGUGAUAAGUGAAAUACAAGCAUUCCAUAAACAUUCCAAAUCAAGCGCGAAAAUUGCCAGAAGCCUUAAAUAAAAGAAGUUUUGAAUUUUCAAAGUAAAGUUUACAUAUUUAGUACGCUGAACCGACUGCAGCAACAGUUAUUGCCAUAACUCGAGGAAUUCUGCUGCUUGUAAGCAAUAUUGCUACUGUGAAAGACACACAAGCUCAAAACAUACACAUAUUCAUAAGCAAAUAAUAGUAGACAACUCUUCAACUACAAUCAAAACUCAGCUACAGCAUCAACUAUAUCUUCCACUACAACUAUCGUCUAAUUACUUGCUUCUCCGCCUAUCAUUGUUUCUGUCACAUUUUCUGUGCCUUCGUUGGGCCCACAUACCCAUACACAGACACACCAACAAGCUAGCGAACUCAUAUGUGAUAUUUUACGAGAAGAAGAAUAAGAAGAAGCGACAGGAUAUUCGAGCAUAGUAAUUUCCAUUUGCUUGCGAGGCAUAGUGAGCUCCAAGCACUGUCAUUAGCAGCUACCCCACCGGCACGCCCACUUUCAACACAAUGGGUGACAAUAUAAUUGGCUCGGCGAGCUUCCUGCAUUUGGGCGAUAUCGUGUCGCUGUAUGCGGAGGGCAGUGUUUGUGGCUUUCUCAGCACACUCGGCCUGGUCGAUGAUCGCACGGUGGUUUGCCCGGAGGCGGGCGAUUUGAAUUAUCCGCCUAAGAAGUUCAGAGAUUGUCUCAUAAAGGUUUGUCCUAUGAACCGUUACUCUGCACAAAAGCAGUUCUGGAAAGCCGCCAAGCAGUCAGCCAGCUCCAACACAGAUACGAAUCUCUUGAAGCGUUUACAUCAUGCUGCGGAGAUUGAAAAGAAGCAAAAUGAUACCGAAAACAAGAAACUGCUGGGUACCGCAGUGCAAUAUGGCAGCGUCGUGCAGCUACUCCAUCUCAAAUCAAACAAAUACUUGACUAUGAACAAGCGAUUGCCUUCAUUGUUGGAGAAGAAUGCAAUGCGUGUCUAUCUGGACGCCAAUGGCAAUGAGGGUUCUUGGUUCUACAUAAUGCCUUUCUAUAAGCUACGUUCCGCGGGCGAUAAUGUUGUGGUUGGUGACAAAGUCAUACUGAAUCCCGUAAAUGCUGAGCAACAAAAUCUACAUGUGGCCUCCAAUUAUGAAUUACCGGACAAUCCUGGCUGUAAGGAGGUAAACGUACUCAACUCCUCCACCUCAUGGAAGAUCACGCUAUUCAUGGAGCACAAAGAGAAUCAAGAACACAUAUUGAAAGGCGGUGAUGUGGUACGUCUGUUUCAUGCAGAACAAGAGAAAUUCCUCACCAUGGACGAGUAUAAAAAGCAGCAGCACGUUUUUUUGCGCACGACGGGACGUACAAGCGCUACGGCGGCCACAAGCAGCAAGGCUCUUUGGGAGGUCGAGGUUGUGCAGCAUGAUUCAUGUCGCGGCGGUGCUGGACACUGGAACUCCUUGUACCGUUUCAAGCAUCUAGCCACUGGCUAUUACCUCGCUGCCGAGCUGGAAUCGGUGGGCAGCACGACGUUGAUUCAUUCCUUGGAUGGAAACGGACUAGACACGUCAUUAAAAGAGUCAGAGAAAAGCAAAUGUGAACGUUACCGCCUAGUGCCAGUCCCAUACUCCACUGAAAUCGCAUCGGUAUUCGAACUAGAUCCAACAACGAUGGCGCGCGCUGACAGUCUUGUGCCGCAAUCGAGUUAUGUGCGUUUGCGGCAUUUGUGCUCGAACACUUGGGUGCAUGCCACCUCCAUACCCAUCGACAUUGACGAUGACAAGCCGGUGAUGUCAAAGGUUUGCUGUUCGCCCAUCAAAGAGGAUAAGGAAGCUUUCGCGCUCAUACCAGUCUCACCCGUGGAGGUGCGCGAUUUGGAUUUUGCAAAUGAUGCGUGCAAGGUGUUGGAUACCGUUACCAGCAAGUUGGUUAACGGCAGCAUUUCCAUAAAUGAGCGUCGCUCGUUGAUAGCAUUGCUGCAGGAUAUUGUCUUCUUCAUUGCUGGCAUGGAGAAUGAACAGAACAAAGCAAAGGCAUUAGAAUUAACAAUUAAGAAUCCAAUACGCGAUCGUCAAAAACUGUUGCGCGAACAAUAUAUCCUUAAGCAGUUGUUUAAAAUUCUGCAAGGUCCCUUCCAGGAGCAUCCGAGCGGUGAGGCGCCCUUUCUACGUCUAGAUGAGCUGAGCGAUCCGAAAAAUAGUCCUUAUAAGAAUAUAUUUCGCUUGUGCUAUCGCAUUCUGCGUCUAUCGCAACAGGACUAUCGUAAGAAUCAGGAGUAUAUAGCCAAGCACUUUGGUCUUAUGCAAAAGCAAAUCGGCUAUGAUAUCCUAGCGGAGGACACGAUCACCGCACUGUUGCACAACAAUCGCAAAUUGUUGGAGAAGCACAUAACCGCGGCAGAGAUUGAGACCUUUGUAGGUCUUGUGCGCAAGAAUAUGCUUAACUGGGACUCACGCUUUCUCGACUAUCUCUCCGAUUUGUGUGUUUCGAAUCGCAAAGCGAUUGCUGUGACGCAAGAGCUCAUUUGCAAGAGUGUGCUUAGCUCAAAGAAUUCGGAUAUACUAAUCGAGACACAGAUCAAGCAUUUCAAAGCGCCUAUGGGCGAUGUGUAUCGCAGCGCUGCCGAGGAUUCUUAUUCGCUGAGCACACUAACGGAGGUAUUGGAUGACGAGGAGAAGUCUGAUUUGAUCUCGAAUUCAACCACAACGACCAGUUGGGAUACGACAAGUUUAAAUGAUGCGCCCGAGAUUGAGGAGAAGUAUGAGAUACACUUGAAGUGGCGUGGCCAACCGAAUUCACGUUCCAUGGGCGAUCUGGCCGAUUGUGCUGCUCAAGGCAAAGAGGAGGAAGCUGCCAUACUGAAUUACUAUCGCCAUCAAUUGAAUCUCUUUUCGAACAUGUGUUUGAAUCGCCAAUACUUGGCGUUGAACAUUUUAUCGCCACAUCUGGAUAUCGAUUUGAUACUCAAAUGCAUGUCCGAUGAGACAAUGCCGUAUGAGCUGCGCGCCUCAUUCUGUCGCCUAAUGCUGCAUUUGCAUGUCGACCGUGAUCCACAAGAGCCUGUGACGCCGGUUAAAUAUGCGCGCCUCUGGAGUGAAAUACCAUCAAAAAUGUCGAUACUCGACUACGAUGGCAAAAACCAGCAACCCGAUCAAAACAAAGAAGCUGUGCGCGCCAAAUUCAACACGACAAUCGCCUUCGUGGAGAAUUAUCUCUGUAACGUGGCCACCAAGGUGUGGCUAUUCACCGACCAGGAGCAAAAUAAACUAACUUUUGAGGUGGUAAAAUUGGCACGUGAUCUAAUCUACUUCGGCUUCUACAGUUUCAGCGAUUUGCUGCGCCUGACCAAAACUCUGCUCUGCAUUUUGGAUUGUGUGUCGGAGACUGGCAUGGACGGCGCAACACCCGGGCGCUUUGUAAAUACGGAUAUUGAUUCGCCAACAGAAGAGGAAACGGCGGAAGGUGGCGUACUACGUUCCAUCGGUGACAUGAACACAGUUAUGACUUCGCUGGCGCUCGGUUCUGUCGGUCAAGCGAUUGCCUCACCCGCCUCGCUGGCGCUGCAACAUCGCAAAUCGGUUUCGCAGAUGCUGAAGGAGUAUCCACUGGUCAUGGAUACCAAGUUGAAGAUAAUUGAGAUUCUACAAUUCAUACUGGACGUACGUUUGGAUUAUAGAAUCAGUUGCCUCCUAUCGAUAUUCAAGCGCGAAUUUGAUGAGACCGAAAUUAGUGCAGCCGCGGCGGCAGCAGCAGCAGCUGCGGCAGCCCAGAAUGCUGGCACAGCGGAGGGUACGCCAAGCGAUGGCAACGUUAGUAGUGGUGAGACAAGUAGCAAGAAUGCGGCGCUGAUGGAGGCUGCGGCUGCGGCUGCUGCUGCGCUAAGUACACGUCAGAAGAAUAUCGAUUUGGAGUCAAUUGGUGUGCAGGCGGAGGACAUUUUCGACUGUGAUAGCGGCGAUGCGUCGAAUUUAGACUUGGAUGGUCAAGGUGGGCGCACUUUUCUGCGCGUGCUGCUCCAUCUCAUCAUGCACGACUAUCCGCCGCUGGUGUCAGGCGCGCUGCAUCUGCUCUUCAGACACUUCAGUCAGCGGCAGGAGGUAUUGCAGGCUUUCAGACAGGUGCAAUUGCUUGUGUCCGAUAGUGACGUAGAGUCUUAUAAGCGCAUCAAAUUGGACUUGGAUAUUCUGCGGCAGAGCGUUGAAAAGUCCGAGCUGUGGGUCUAUAAGCCGAAGACCACGGAUGAGUACAAUACCACUGCAGAGCGCUCAUCUGACCCGGCCAUUGAUGUCUCCAACUUGAGCAAUGAAUAUCGUGCAUCUUUGUCGAAUGAGCAGUUAAAUGAGUAUAAAAAGGUUAAAGAGAUACUCAUACGCAUGAAUAAGUUUUGCGUUACAUCGGGCCCCAACGUCAAGCCGCGCAAACACGAACAACGUCUGCUCCGCAACGUUGGUGUGCACACAGUUAUUCUCGAUCUGCUGCAGAAUCCAUAUGAUGAAAAGGAUGAUGUGCUAAUGAAGGAGCUGAUGUGUUUGGCGCACGAGUUCCUGCAGAAUUUCUGUUUGGGCAACCAACAAAAUCAAGUUUUGUUGCAUAAUCAGUUGGAUUUAUUCCUCAAUCCAGGCAUCUUAGAGGCCAAGACUGUCUGCGCCAUCUUUAAGGACAACCUCGCACUUUGCAACGAGGUCACCGACAAGGUCGUACAACAUUUCGUGCAUUGCAUUGAGAUCCAUGGCCGCCAUGUUGUAUACUUGCAAUUCCUUCAAACGAUCGUCAAAGCUGAGAACCAAUUCAUACGUAAAUGUCAAGAUAUGGUCAUGCAAGAGCUGAUAAAUGCCGGCGAAGAUGUGCUCGUGUUCUACAACGACAAAAGCUCCUUUAAUCAGUUCGUCGCCAUGAUGCAGAGUGAAAAGUCGCCACUGAGCGACUCUAGUCCACUGCGCUAUCAUGUGGAACUUGUUAAGCUGCUUGCCUGUUGUACCAUGGGCAAGAAUGUCUACACGGAAAUUAAAUGCAACAAUUUGCUCUCACUGGACGAUAUAGUAACGAUUAUUUGCAAUCCUGCUUGCAUACCGGAGGUGAAGGAAGCCUAUGUUGAUUUCCUCAAUCAUUGUUACAUUGAUACCGAGGUGGAGGUUAAAGAGAUUUAUUCGUCGAGUCACAUGUGGAAUUUGUUCGAGAAAUCUUUUCUGGUCGAUAUUAAUCAAUUGAUUGCCAUCGGCGCCAAUGCCGAUAAGACGCUGCUCAAUUAUGUAUUGAGCGGUGUGACGAAUGUGUUGAAUACCUUCUUCUCCAGUCCCUUCUCCGAUCAGAGCACCAUCGUGCAAACGCGUCAGAUGAUUUUCGUUCAGAUACUGCAAGCCACCUAUCGCUUAACACAGUGCAAGUGGCUGUCACUGGCCGAUCGCUUUAAUGUCGAGAACUGCGUUCGUACGUUGGCUGAGUCGGCGAAGACGCGUAAUAUUGCGAUUCCGCUCGACUUGGAGCAACAGGUGGUGUCGAUGUCUAGCAAAACAGCCUUGCUAACGCGUCAGACCACCAAAUGGCUAUUGGCCUCGAAGCAGCCAAAAUAUGAGACACAGCUCUCGGCAAAUUUAAUGCGUUUGGACCGUUCUAUCAUAGAGGGCUUGCAAGAUAUUGUGUCGCUGUUGGAAGAUCAACUGAAGCCGGUGGUGGAGGCGGAGUUGUCGUUGUUAGUCGACAUUCUGUACAGAUCGGAGUUACUCUUUCCGCCCGGCACCGAGGCGCGCAAAAGUUGCGAAAGCGGCGGUUUUAUUAGAAAGCUUAUCAAGCACACAGAGAAGUUGCUGGAGGAGAAGGAAGAAAAGCUAUGUGUAAAGGUGUUGCGUACGCUGCGCGAAAUGAUGGCAAUCGACGUGAAUUACGGUGACAAAGGAGAUGCGCUGCGCAACACACUGCUAAUGAGGUACUUUGAUCGGAAGGGGGGCGGCGGAAGUGGUGGAAUUAUAAGCGGUGUUGGCGGAGGUGGCGCUAGUGGUAUAAUCACUGGAACUGGCAUUGGGGUAGGACCGAAGGCAAUCGAAGCCAAGCCAGAUGGCACUGACGCUAUCUUAAUUGAGCAACAGAAGCGUAUUCAUCUCGUAACUCACGGUCCGGGUGCCAAGUAUCUUCAGCGCGCAGGUAAAACACUACAUGAAGUUCAAAAUCAUUUGGAUCGUGAGGGCGCCUCUGAUUUGGUCAUUGAACUCGUGAUAAAGUCCGUACACUCGCCCUCAAUUUUCGUGGAGGCCGUUGAACUGGGCAUUGCGUUACUCGAGGGUGGCAAUCCCAUCAUACAGAAGGGCAUGUAUCAAAAAUUUCUCAGUGGCGACUUCAAUCAAGCUUUCUAUAAAGUUUUCUUCGAGAAAAUGAAGGACGCCCAACAAGAAAUAAAGUCAACGGUGACGGUUAAUACCUCAGAUAUUGCGGCGAAGGCGCAUGAAAACAAGCAAGAUGUCAAUCUGGAACUGGACAAAAUUGCACGUAAACAUGGCGUGAAAAGUAAUGGUGUUGUCAUCACCGAUGAGCUAAAGAAGGAAUUGCACAAUGCGGGUCUUGCAACAGCGCGCGCCUACGGCAACGCACGUAGUAUUCAUCCGGGUGAUGAAAACUCUGCCAUUAGCAUUAAUAGCCCAUUGGAAGACAUACUCGCCGAGAAGUUGGAAAAGCACAAAGACAGCAAGGACGAUCGCAAUAAGAUUUCGAAUAAAGUGUUGGUGAUGCAACCGAUUCUACGCUUCCUGCAGUUACUCUGCGAGAACCAUAAUCCUGAUCUGCAAAAUUUAUUGCGCAAUCAAAACAACAAAACCAACUAUAACCUCGUCUCCGAAACCCUAAUGUUCCUGGAUUGCAUUUGCGGCUCAACGACCGGUGGAUUGGGUUUACUGGGACUAUAUAUCAACGAAAACAAUGUCGCACUGAUCAAUCAAACUUUGGAAACACUUACCGAAUAUUGUCAGGGUCCCUGUCACGAAAAUCAAAAUUGCAUAGCCACGCACGAGUCCAAUGGUCUCGACAUUAUAACAGCACUCAUACUUAACAAUAUCAAUCCGCUCGGCGAAAACCGUAUGGAUCUCGUCUUGGAGCUGAAGAAUAAUGCCUCCAAACUGUUGUUGGCUAUUAUGGAAAGUCGCGGUGACAGUGAAAAUGCCGAACGUAUUUUGUAUAAUAUGAAUCCCAAGCAACUAGUAGAGGUAGCCUGUAAGGCAUACCAUCAGGAAGAGAUGAUCGACGAGAGUGAUGAACAUGAUGGCGGCGAUGGUGAAGCGGAUGAUGAGGUUUCGGUGAGUCCACGUGAAGUGGGUCAUAACAUUUACAUUCUGUGCCACCAGCUGGCGCAGCACAACAAGGAGCUGGCGGCGCUACUAAAGGCAUGUGAAGAUCCACAAGCAACCAGCUUUGAUGCGAAAAUGAGUCAGGCCUUAAUGUAUUAUGCAACGCAUACAGCACAAAUUGAGAUCGUACGUAACGACCGCACUUUGGAGCAAAUCGUUUUUCCGAUACCCGAAAUAUGCGAAUAUUUGACGACAGACACGAAAAUCAAAAUUUUGAACACAGCUGAACGCGAUGAUCAGGGCUCAAAAGUGGCGGAUUUCUUUGACAAGGCCGAGGAGAUGUUCAAUGAAAUGAAGUGGCAAAAGAAGUUGAGAGGACAACCCUUCCUGUUCUGGGUCAGCAGCUAUAUGUCAUUAUGGAGCAAUAUACUUUUCAAUUGUGUUGUUGUUAUCAAUCUGAUUGUAGCAUUUUUCUAUCCAUUCGACAACACUGUACCGGAGCUCAGCUCACAUAUUUCUUUACUUUUCUGGGCCAUACUGUUGUUCUCAUUGGCUAUUGUGGUGACGUUACCACGUGAAUCAGGCAUUCGCACGUUAAUUGGCUCCGUGAUAUUACGUUCCAUCUUUCUUAUUGGUCCAGAAUCGACGCUCUGCCUGUUGGGAGUUGUGACGGUGACGUUGAAGAGUGUGCAUAUCGUGAGCAUUAUGGGCAACAAUGGCACGCUGGAGAAGAAUUUCUUCAAGAUAAUCACCGAUAUGCAGCUACUAUAUCACUGCAUAUACAUAAUGUUCUGUUUUUGUGGACUGAUCUUUCAUCCCUUCUUCUACUCGCUGCUGCUAUUCGAUGUUGUAUAUCGUGAAGAAACUCUGGUGAAUGUCAUACGCUCCGUCACGCGCAACGGACGCUCAAUCGUUUUAACAGCAGUCUUAGCGCUGAUUUUGGUUUAUCUAUUUUCCAUCAUUGGUUAUAUGUUCUUUAAGGACGACUUUCUGGUCGAGGUGGAUGCUGAUGACGGUCAGACGAGUGCAACGACACCAGCGGUGCCAGAUAUUACCGUAUCGAUGGCGUCGAAUAGCGCUGACAACACUUGUGGCGCGCCAGAUGCCUUUAAUAAAGGCGUAUUUUGUGCCGGAGCCGGCAAUAGUGCCGCUGAAGCUAGCGCUACUGCCACUGCUGCCAAUGGCGGCUGUGGUGGCGAUGCAAAGGAACGUUCUUGUGACUCUUUGGUUAUGUGUAUUGUUACCACACUGAAUCAGGGUUUGCGAAAUGGUGGCGGUAUUGGCGAUAUACUACGCGCACCGUCCAGCAAGGAAAGUCUAUUCGCUGCACGUGUCAUUUACGACUUGCUCUUCUUCUUCAUCGUCAUUAUUAUUGUUUUGAAUUUAAUUUUUGGCGUCAUCAUCGACACUUUUGCCGAUCUGAGAAGUGAGAAGCAGCAAAAGGAACUCAUCCUUAAGAACACCUGCUUUGUGUGCGGCCUUAAUCGCUCGGCAUUCGACAACAAAACCGUCAGUUUUGAGGAGCACAUCAAGAGCGAACACAAUAUGUGGCAUUAUUUGUACUUUAUAGUGUUGGUGAAGGUGAAGGAUCCCACAGAGUUUACCGGACCCGAGAGUUACGUAUACGCCAUGGUGAAAGCAGGCAUUUUGGAUUGGUUCCCACGUUUGCGUGCCAUGUCACUGGCUGCCGUCGAUGCGGACAGUGAGCAAAUCGAAUUGCGCAGCUUGCAGGCUCAGCUGCCGGAGAUGCAAUUGCUCAUAACAAGCUUGUCGCAGCAGUUGCAUGAACUGAAGGACCACAUGACGGAGCAGCGUAAACAAAAGCAGCGCUUAGGAUUGCUCAAUACAGCGCCGAGCAAUCUAUUGGCGUGUUAUCAGUUGCGCGACGCGAAUAGUUUGUCUUGAUCUGUGUCAGCAACAAUUAGCGGUGUAUGAGUUGUGUAACGGCUUAGGCAAUAACAAACAAAGUGGAAAUGUUAAUGUAUGCAUUUGUUAAGGUUUCGCUUUUCGCUUUUUGAUUUUAAUUUUUUAUUUUUGGUAUUUCACAAAAUCUCUCGAGGGACGGCUCUAGUGGUAGUCAUUAAGUGUAAGCGCAGCAAUCAGCGUAGCUGUUUAGAAAGCGUAAGACAUGAAAAACAAGUUUCGAAAAUAAUAUUAACUCGAAAGCAAACAAAUGUUUGUAAAAUAUAUAAAUAAUUUUAUGUAUUAUUCAUAGUUGUGUGUAUGUGUGUGUAAUAGUAGUGUAAAAUGUUUGGCUUCCUUAGGCAUUUUCUCCAAAAAUCCAAAAUGUGCAUACAUUACCUCCUCGAAUCACAUGCAUGUAUGUAUGUAUGUAUAUAUAUACAUGCAAACGAAUACGAAUCUUAGAUCUGCACUACAUUUAAGCAUAAUGUUUACAAAUUUCUUUUAUUUAUUAUCGUCAAUUGCCCACUUAUUCUCCUUGGUCUCGAUCGUUUUUCGAAUUAUUUAUACUUUUACUGACACUUUUUUGAUUUUAUACCUAAACACUUGUAAUAUACAUACAUAUAUUUUAUGGGCGCACGCUGACUUGUUGCACACCUACAUACACAUUUUCUUGUUCAAUAAUCAAAACACUACAUACAGACAUAUAAAACAUACAUACAUACAUUAAACUUGAACUGUUAUAAACUAUCGUCAAAACACAAAAAAAAAACAACAAAAA